AUGAGUAGCCAGAAAACCCAAGAUCGCGUCGCCAUCGUCACCGGCGCUACGUCCGGCAUCGGCGUCGACAUCGCGCGCGACCUGCUCUCCACGGGCUACAAAGUCGCGCUCGUCGGUCGGCGCGCCGAGCUAGGCACGCUCGUCGCGACCUCGCUCGACCCGACAGGCGCGCGCGCGCGCUUCUUCGAGGCGGACGUCGCGUCGUACGCGUCGCAGGCGUCCAUGUUCCGCGCCGUGCACGCGCUAUGGGGCCGCAUCGACGUGCUGUGCGCCAACGCGGGCAUCACGGACAAGAGCAGCGUGUACCAGCUGACGGCCGAGCACGGCGGCGCGCGCGCGUCGGCCGACGACGUGCCGCCGGCGCCGGACCUGGAGGCGACGGAUGUGUGCUACAAGGGCGUCGUGUACGGGACGAUGCUGGCGGUGCACUUCAUGCGGUUUAACAGCCCGACGCCGGGGGGCAAGGUUAUCGUGACGGGGAGUGUGGGCGCGUUUCAUCCGCAUAGGGUGGUGCCCGAGUAUUGUGGUGCGAAGGCGGCGGUGGUGCAGUUUGUGAGGGGCGUGGCGCCCGUGUUGAAGGUCAAGGAUGGGGUGACGAUUAAUGUCGUGCAUCCUGGGUUGGUGCAGACGCCGAUUAUUCCCCAGGAGAUGAUUAAGGCGGUGCCCGAGGGAUGCCCCACACCCGUUGAAACAAUCAUCAAAGGCUACCGCGUGUACCUGGAGGACGACACCGGCCGGACCGGCGAACAGAUGGAGGCGUCCGGCACCAACCUUGUUUAUUAUGAUCCUCCAGCCUACGCCAACGGAAUUGCAACGGAGGGCGCUACCACAGUGUGGGAACCGUGGUUCAUCAUGGGGCAUGGUGUCGAGACUGGGCUGCCGAACACGUACAAAUAA